AACACGUAAAAGUAAGAGUAGCAUUAGUACAAAUCAGUUAGUCGUGCAAGUUGGCCAAGUUCGUUGCUCAUAUUUGAUUUGUCGUUCACGCGUGUUGGAUGAGUUUAUUAACGCGCCUAGGUGGCAGCAUUUUAUCAUCCCAGUUAUUGGUGCAGCAACAACAGCGCUAUUAUACCAAUAGUAAACUUCUGACCACCUAUCGUAGUGAGCUAAGCAAUUCGACAUUCCGACAGCAGAAUUGGAGCGAUAACUACCAUUGCCACUUGAGGUCAGCCCAAAAGCGAAGGUCAGACAUUCCCUUUCGAACAUUCAACAGGUUUUACCACGAAAAAACGAAACCGCAACCACAACAACAUACAGUGCGUACAAAUUUUUUAUUAGUCAACAGAAAAUCAGUAGCUAUGGGUUCGGCAAAUUGUAAGGAAUAUUCGACUACAACGUCCAAAGACGACGCGAAUGCAUCAACCAAGCAUCAGGAUGGUACAUAUCAGUCUACAUCCGAAUGCGACAUGUCGGAAUAUACCAACGCUGUCGAAGUCUGCAACAUUGACGAUCUGCAAGAAAAUGAAAUGAAGCAAUUUAAUUUCGAUGUGGACACAAAAGUGUUGGUGGUGAAGCAAGGAGGUCAGAUAAAAGCUGUCGGCAAUAAGUGUACGCAUUAUGGCGCACCAUUGCACACUGGCGCCUUGGGUCAGGGUCGUGUGCGUUGUCCUUGGCAUGGCGCCGCUUUCUGUUUGCGUACCGGUGACAUCGAAGAUUUCCCUGGCCUGGACUCGCUGCCCUGUUUUAUGGUGCGUGUCGAAGAUGAUGGCAAAGUAAAAUUGCGUGCCAAACGCACAGAUUUGGAGAAAAAUAAACGCUUGAAAGAUAUGGUGAAACGCGAUAUGUCGAAUAAGCAAUGUGUCGUUGUUAUUGGAGGCGGUCCAUCAGCUGCCGUGUGUGUGGAAACGCUGCGCCAAGAGGGCUUUACAGGUCGUAUUGUCAUGCUUUGCCGCGAACAAAUCUUGCCUUACGAUCGUAUCAAAGUUUCCAAGUCCAUGGACAUUGCGCUGGAUAUGAUACAAUACCGCGAUGCCGACUUCUAUGCUCAAUAUGGCAUUGAGGCUAUGCUUGGGGUCGAGGCGACCAGAGUUAAUACGAUUGACAAGAAAGUUGUUUGCUCGGAUGGGAAUGAAAUCAAAUAUGAUCAACUCUUUAUAGCUACUGGCUUGAGCGCCAGGAGGCCGCCAACACAAGGAAAUAAUCUGAAAAACGUGUUCACUUUGCGCAACUACGCAGAUGCUCGAGUAAUAUUGAAUGCAAUUACACCGGAGACAAAUCUGGUAUGCGUGGGAGGAAGCUUUAUUGCAAUGGAGGUGGCUGCAGCAUUGGUCAACAAAGUUAAAUCGGUAACUAUAAUAUACUCAGGCGAGUAUCCUUUUGCUCUUUUCGGCAAAGCGGUUGGUGAAAUUUUUCAUCGUUUGUAUAGUGAGAAAGGGAUUAUAAUGAAAGGUCACAGCCGACUCUCGGCGUUGCAUGGAAAUGCCGAGGGUGCCGUUACUGAAUUGGAAGUUGCUGGCGGUAACAAAUUAGCCUGUGAUGUUGUUGUAUUGGGUACUGGUUCAACAUAUAACACAGAUUUCUUGGAAGGCUCAGGCAUCAACAUUAACGCCGACGGCUCCAUCGACACUGACAUGCAUCUAAUGACAAAUGUGGUGGAUGUUUAUGUAGGCGGUGACAUUGCGAAUGCUCCCAUAUUGGCCAAUGCAAAUCAACGGGGCUCUGUUGGUCACAUUCAGUUGGCGCAAUAUCAUGGUCGUAUUGCUGCUCUCAAUAUGACGGGUACAAUUGAGGAUUUGCGAGCGGUACCAUUUUUCUUUACGAUGAUUUUCGGUAAAGGUAUACGAUAUGCUGGGCAUGGUCGUUUUUCGGAUGUGUUGAUCAAGGGUGAUUUGAAUAAUUUUAAAUUCGUUGUGUACUAUCUGGAUACUCAGGGAAAUGUAGUAUCGGUAUUGACAAUUGGCCACGAUCCGGUCGUAUCACAGUUUGCAGAAUUACUUACUCAAGGCAAGCGUUUGCAUCGCACGCAUAUAGAGAAUGCAGCGGAUCAUUUGGAGUGGACGAAUAUGUUGAAAGAGAAGAAGUCGCGAGCGGUCUGUGACUGCUGAAGUGCAUUUGAAUUAAUUGUGUAGUUUAUUGUUACUCAUUGGUAUUUAUUAGAUAAAAUCGCAAAGAAUUUGCUAACGAAGUAUUGAAAUAAACGGAAAUAAAAAUAUAUACAUAUGUACAUGCAUAUAUAUGUAUGCUCAAAAUGAAAUAUAAGGAUAUUAUUUGUAAUACAUGUAUUUGUAUGUAUGAUGUUCAUAUUAAAUACUCAAGAGAUCGGAGAAAAUGAACGCAGAAUCGGAAGUCAAACAGGUUUAUCGACCAAAGUCGUCUUCAGUAAAACGAUACACAUUCCGACUCGUUUUCGUCUUAGUGAACUCAAUUUCAAGUGAGAUCGAAAAGUACGAGGUUAUUUUCAUUUAGUUUCGAUAAUCAGGCGGUUCUAGUAAUAAGUUCGUAAGGAGCUGCUAUUAAGCGCGGAUUAUUGGUAAAAAUUUCAAAAAAGUAAAAUAUUUUCACCUACAUACAUAUUUACAUAAAAAAAAUUAGUCCCACAACUCCAACGCAUUUUUAUAAAUUUUUGUAAAUGUUUAUGUAAGCCAUCAUGAGUAAAUUGCAAAUAAAAGUUCCGAACCUAAAAA